UUUAAAAAUAACUCGGUUUGCAUGUCAGAACGUGUCAUUCCUUUAUCGUCACGGUGUGGUUAUCACAAGAUGGCCCCAAGAUCUUCCCUCGUUUUACGCUUCUUCAUCAUCGCAGUCUUUGUUUGCUUCAUAUACCCAACUUUAUACGUGAAGGUUUUCAAGUUUGGUAGAUUUUCGACUUCGCAAAGUUCCACUUCCUUCGGGAAAUUUGGAGAAAGAGAAAGACGAUCUCUAAAAGUAAAUGAGUCACUAUCAAGGGUUUAUAUAAAUAUACCAGAAAGCCAGCGAGUUGCGAACUGUGUUAAACCAUCCAUAGAUGAUUUCCCAAGUGAUUUCAUGACUCAAUAUGAGCGUCAGCAUGGAGCUGUAGCAGCACACAUUGUCAUCGCCUUAUACAUGUUUGGAGCCCUUGCUGUAGUCUGUGAUGACUACUUCGUGAGUUCUCUCGAAAGAAUCUGUGAAGGGCUUAAACUUAAAAGCGAUGUGGCUGGAGCUACGUUUAUGGCUGCAGGAAGCUCGGCUCCAGAAUUCUUUACUUCAGUCAUUGGAGUUUUUAUCACAAAGGGUGAUAUUGGACUUGGAACUAUAGUAGGCUCGGCGGUAUUCAAUAUCCUGUUUAUUGUGGCCAUUUGCGGUAUAUUUUCUGGUUGUGUACUCAAGCUCUCUUGGUGGCCUCUAAUGCGUGAUUGUAUCUAUUACCUUAUCAGUAUUGCCGCUCUAGUUGUAGUAACCUAUGAUAAGGAGGUCUACUGGUACGAAGCUCUGGUACUAGUAAUAAUGUACAUUUUUUAUGUUAUAAUCAUGUACUUUAAUACCAGAUUAGAAGAUUUCUUUACUGGGUUAUUUGAUAAAGAACCGGUCGUGAAGUCCGGAAAUAGAGGAGAAGAAAGAGAAGCACUAAUUAGUGGUGAUGAUGAUGACAGUUUCAAAGGAUCGGAUAUUUAUGAGAGUGAUGAAGGGGUGAGCAAGGAAGUGGAUGUUGUCUCCUUUACCAGCUGUGAAGACAGCGACAGCCCCUUUACCAUGCCACGAGGCUUCUUCAAAGGGAUUUUAUGGAUAAUCUUUAUUCCCAUUUCAUGUAUCUUCUACAUCACAAUCCCAGAUUGCCGCAAGCCACGUUGGAAGAAUUGGUACUUUGCAACAUUUUUGUUGUCUGUGAUAUGGAUUGCUGGUCUUUCCUAUCUUCUGGUGUGGAUGGUAGAAAUCAUAGGAUACACCCUUGAAAUCCCUGACGUCAUCAUGGGCCUGACAUUCCUGGCAGCAGGCAGUAGCGUCCCUGAUGGUAUAUCAAGCCUAUUGGUAGCUCGGCAAGGUGACGGUGACAUGGCAGUGUCAAAUACUGUUGGCAGUAAUGUCUUUGACAUACUCCUCUGCUUGGGUUUUCCAUGGCUUCUGAAAACCACAGUGGUGAAGUUAAACAGUACUGUUCAUGUCAUAAGCGGAAGUAUCCUAUACACUUCAAUUUCUCUAUUUGGGACUGUUUUUGUUACAGUGUUACUGAUCAGUCUCAACAGGUGGCGGCUUAAUAAGUGUCUUGGAAUCAUCUUUCUCUUGUUGUAUAUUGCUUUCAUAUCUGUUGCUACACUCUUUGAGCUGAACAUCUUUGGAGAUUUCAACCUUCCUGUUUGUGGAACCUAAUUCCAUCCAUUCUUUAUGUCUUUCCUUCGUGGGGUAGCAAUGCAUAGUAUUCACACACAUUGUAUUAUUAUCCCAGAGUGCUUGUACUUCCUUUUAAAAAUGGGCAAAAUUAUGGACUCCUUUCAUCCCCUGAUAAGAGGAUGUUGGGAUUAAAUAUUCACAUAUGGAGUAAUAGCACAAAAAAUCAAUAGAAAUUCUUAGAUUGAGCAUAUUUUUUUCCCAUUUUAGACCUCUAGUCAUUCUCUUGAGAAUAACAUUCUGUUUGAGUUGUAUUCAUAUUCAUGAGUCUUUCUUUUCAUGCAGAACCAUUAAGAAAACAAAUUGUAGUGACUAGAGAAUUACAUUUGAUUUGAAAUGGGGGAAAAAUUAUACUGAAGCUAGGACUUUAUUCCUCAUUGCUUAUAGAAUAUGAAUAUCCUUAAUCUAGCUUUCCUUUAUAAUAAAUUAUCGUUGCCCCAGAUUUUAUAAAUCAUAAAAUAUCAUUCUAUUCAUACACUUAAUAUAUUCAUACACUUAAUAUCAUGGUCGUUGGAGCUGGUCAACGCAUGGAAAUUCACCGAAAAUCUUUCUAAAACCCAUAUUAAUCCACGAAGAGAAGUAGAAUAGCCAGCAAACGGUCAGAAUAUUUUUUAGUACAUAUUAACACAUAUUGUAUCUGAAAACCAGGCCAUUUUAGAUUAAACUGUUUCGCUAGGAGCAAAUUUUGUUGAAUUUUCUAUUGGAUUUGGCAAUUCUAUCCCCCACAUAAACAAGCAAUGAUGUCAUAGUGAAACAGGGCAAUUAAAUACUUGAUUAAAAUCUACUACAAUAUUUAAAUAACAAUAUUAAUUUGUUGAGAAAUUAUCCAAGACUUUUUAACAUUAGUAGAAGUAUCUAUAAUAUAUAUUUAAAAUAUAUUGAUAACAAACUUAUGAACAGAUAUUGUCAUAGCUAUCAAGAAUGUCACUUAAAUAAUUAUUUUUCUAAAUGUAUUAACAAAUAAUUUGACAGUGAGGAAAUUAAUAUUUUUCAAUAAAGAUAAAUAGUUCAUUAAAAUCAUAUUAGAAUGUGA